GUCUUGUCUACAAAACUAGAAACCCGUGUCUGUGCGAAGAAAAUAGCCAAGUGCAUCGUUAAUACUCAAUAGACUGAUUGUUUAAGCAACCAUUCCGGUUUGAAAAGGUUCACAUUUUCCAAUCCAUCACUGCGGUGAACGUUCUGGUUGAGUGUUUUGUCCGGAAUCCCGCACGGAAAAAUCAUAACAGAUGAGAAUGACAUCGUCCACAAAAAUAAUGCUGAUAGCCUGCGGGUCAUUUAGCCCGCCAACGCCGAUGCAUUUCCGAAUGUUUGAAAUUGCACGCGAUCACAUCCAGCAGAUGGGCCUGGGGCAGGUUGUUGGAGGAAUUGUGUCUCCUGUGCAUGACUCAUAUGCGAAGAAAGGACUGGUCUCUGCCACACACCGCUGUGCGAUGAUUAAGAUUGGCCUUAAGUCGUCCGAUUGGAUACACCUUUCUGACUGGGAAACGCAGCAGGAAGAAUGGACACGCACGCGGCAGGUCUUGCAGUAUCAUCAGAAUUACAUCAAUUCAUACUUGAAAGAUACCAAUGGGACCAUCAACAAUCAGCACAUUCCCGCCUGGAUUCCGGAAGGGAUUAAGAAAACGGCUGGACAGGUUCAGCUGAAACUUUUGUGUGGUGCUGAUCUAUUGGAAUCUUUCGCCACUCCGGGACUUUGGAAGGACGAGGAUCUUGAGGCCAUUCUAGGCUAUCAUGGAAUCGUGGUCAUCUCUCGAGCCGGCUCCAACCCAGAGCAAUUCAUAUUCAACUCUGAUCUACUAAGCCGAUACCGGCGCAACAUAACGAUCGUUACAAACUGGGUUACAAAUGAUGUAAGCUCGACGUUGAUUCGUCGUCUGCUGAAUCGAGGACUGUCGGUGAAGUAUCUGCUGGAUGACCAUGUCACGGAGUACAUUAGGAAGUUUGGACUGUUCGGGUGCAAUAGUGACACUAAGUAUAUUCUUACACCUGGCAGCGCAGCGGAAGCCAUGAGCAUUUCGCCCAUCUCGCCUAUAAGCGACCCGGACCUCUACAUAGAGCAUCGGAAUCAGUUAAACAAGAUUGGAUCGUCCUGUGAAGUAAUGGACGAAACGGAUCUACCAUCACCCUUCAUACCAUCGGGCCCAGCGGCCCUCAACAAGGUGUUUUGUUGCGCCAACGACUCCACUUCCUCCUCCAAGACAGGAACGGUGGUUGGUAGUAGUCGCGGCACAUUUCUCGGCCGUCCCGGGAGUGCCGUACAGAUCAUUACAACGGCGGCUCCUUCUUCGACGCCCCCGCUGCUAACGUCUCCUGAUGGCAAUGCAAAACUCACUCACACUAUCACCCUAGACGAUGUGGACGGCAGCAGCACGGUGGUCAAGAAGGUGGGUGUAUGUACGAGCGAGAAGCUAAGCCCACGCCGGGUAUCGAUCGAACAAACGGCCACGAAACCGAGCACAAACGCUAAAAGCAGCACCAACAACGACAAUACUAGCACAACGACCAAACGCACGACAACCUCAAACGCUAGCACCGCUAAUGCUGUAAAACAUGAUCGAAGCAGCCCGUCUGCCACGAUCAAAACGAUCACAUCAAUCGCUAGCAACCUAGGCGCUACUCUUAGCACCAGCACAGCCCAUACGGCCGCUUCAACGGCUGCUUCAACCGGGCGGAUCAGUCCAUCUCGUAGUUACGACGAUAUGAUCAAAUUUGUAUUUACCGAACACGGUAUCAAGGUCAUUAGUGAUCGCGAGUACGUAGUGUAGAGCUUUUGUACGUGUGUAGGGGCUUCAUUUCAAACGGCCCACGAAACGAUCUCAAUCGGCAAAUUUUCAGGUUUAUCUCUAUAACCAUCUUUCUGGAAUUUCAUCUCUCUUUGGCGUCGUGAAGAAGAUGAAGACAUCGGCGUGUCCUGUCUAGAAACUUGUCAAUUUUACAUCCACGCAUUCUUCUCAGCAGGAAGCUUAGAAAAGGAGCACAAAAUCUACAAACGCUGGUACUGGGGCGCUAUUCCUUAGCUAUUCUAUAGUUAAUGUUGUUCACACUAUAGUUCCUUACAUUUUGUUCGAAUAGUUUCAUAAUAUUUAUUUACUGUUACUCCAAUUCUCCAAUCUGUCGGUGAAAAGCUGGUUAAGGGAAAUCAACACCUUACAAGAAAGACGCCUUUGAGCGCAGCUCCUAUUCAAUGAGAAUGAGCUUCUGCGGGUCUAAGCUAGUAGCAAACAUGUAACGAUGUGAUUAGAAAAUAUAAUAAAUUUAACACCUAGCUGAA